AGAGAGGUAAGAUCAAAGAUGAGGAGCAAGAGCGGUUUUAGUUUCUUCUCUAAGAUGACAUCUUCGAGGAAGAGGCCUUCUCUCUCAAUACCUAGCAAGAGUUACGAGUCAUCGGAUAUCAACAAGACCAUCGACAAUGCAGCCGAGAUUAUCGAGAAAUGGAACACCGAGUAUGUUUCUACAAAUAAAUUUUAUUCUCUGUUUUGCGAGAGCAAGCGAGAAGCGAAGAAGUUUGUAAAACGCGUGAAGGAACUGCAGAACGCGAUGGAUAUGUUGAUUAGAGAAGAUCCGAAUUCAGAGAAUCUCCUUAGAGCUCAGAAUUUAAUGCAGAUUGCCAUGAAACGACUUCAGAAAGAGUUUCUCCAGAUUCUUUCGAUGAAUCGUGCGCAUUUGGAUCCUGAAUCCGUCUCCUCUAGAUCGCCUACAUCUGUCGUAUCGAACGAUGACGAUGUUUGGCACGAGUCUCGUUCAGCUAGUGAUUCCAUCAUCGAAGUCGAGGAGGUGUCAAAGAGUUCUAGGACAGAGCUGAAAUCCAUAGCAGACUGCAUGAUCGCUGCAGGUUAUGCAAAAGAGUGUGCGAGUACUUAUAAAUCCAUUCGAAAAUCGAUAGUUGAUGAAUCGAUUUAUCGUCUUGGAGUAGAGAAAAUCAGUUCGUCCAAGGCGAAAAAGAUGCCAUGUGAAGUUGUUGAGUUGAAGAUGAAUAGGUGGAUAGAGGCGGUUAAGGUCUCGAUGAAGACUCUCUUCAAUGGCGAAAAGAGUCUAUGCGAUGAUAUCUUCGAAUCCUCUGUUUCUCUUAGAGAGGCUUGUUUCCGAGACAUCUCCAAGGAAGGAGCUCUUCUUCUGUUUGGAUUCCCGGAAACCAUUGCCUUAAGAGACAAGAAAAAUCCAAACCCGGAAAAGAUUUUCCCGUUGCUAGAUAUGUAUUGCACGAUCACAGAUAACUUGCUUGCGAUUGAAUCAAUCUUUUCGUUUCCAUCAAUUUCGAUUGUUAGAACUCAAGCUCACAGCUCACUUAGCCGAUUAAGUGAGUCAAUUCUUUCUCAUUUGGUGGAUUUUGAAUCUGAAAUACGUAAAGAUUCGUCCAAGACAGUGGUUCGUGGUGGAGGAGUUCAUCCGAUGACUAUCUCCGCCAUGGAUCACAUUUCUCGACUCGCUGAAUACAGUAGCGCUCUCAUGGAUAUCCUCAAGGGAUCAUCAUCAUCAUCUUCGGCUAAAUCAUUGCUUCCUAAAUCUUACUUCAAUGUCUCAGAAUCGGAAGAAUCUCCGGUGUCCGAGCUAAAAGUACGAUUCGCGUGGAUGAUUCUCGUCCUCCUCUGCAAAAUCGACGGCAAAGCUGAGAUGUACAAGGACUUCUCGAUGCAGUAUCUCUUCUUAGCCAACAAUCUCCAACAUGUUGUCUCACGUGCUCGAUCCACGAACGUGAAGCAGGUUUUAGGCGACGAUUGGAUCGCGAAGCAUUCCGAGAAAGUUAGCCAGUUCGCAAGAAGCUAUGAGCGGCUAGCAUGGGGUCCAUUGGCGUCGAUGUGUCCGGCGAUUAGUACUUCGGAGGCGGUGGAGAUGUCGCCCGAAGAAGCGAUGAUGCAAUUCAAAAAGUUCAACGAGACUUUCGAGAGCACGUGCGAGGAACAGAGCGAGUGCAUCGUACUUGAUCCGAAAUUGUUGGAUGAGAUGAGAAUUUCGAUCGGGAGAAAACUGUUGCCGGUUUACCGCGAUUUUUACAACGCUCAUAGAAAUGCCGUUAUGUUAGCGGGAACGGAAGGUGAGUGGAAUGUCCGAUAUACCCCUGAAGAUAUCGGAAACCACUUGUCGGAGCUGUUUAGCGGGAAGGGUAUUUCGGCGAAUCGAUAUGUGUGUACGCCUGAUUUCUGUACUGUUACAACAGCUACUCCAACUCCUGGACGAAAGACUCGAUCUUUGUCAUGCAGAAGAUUUUGAAGGGGGAAAAAAUUAUGUUUUCAUAA